UUUAAUCCAUAAAGAUUGCAAAUGGCCGACAGGACAAAGAGAAAAUCGUGAUACCAAAACAGUCAAAUUUAUAAAGAAAAGGAAGUCCAGGUUAUUUUAAAGCUCAGCAACUUAACGUUAGAAGAUAGUGGAAACCAAACAUCUCCAAAAUGAGUUAUCAAAAAAUGUACAUGAAUCAGAUCUACUCAAGCUCCACCAUGAGUUAUCUGACAAACAUGUGGAAAAAUCAGCUUCUGUGUGAUGCAGUCAUCAAAACAGGGACCAUCAAUACAAAGGCCCACAGACUUGUACUUAUAGCUGCCUGCCCCAUGCUGCAGCAUCUAGAAAAUGCAUCACUCGGAUCUCAUUUGGAAGUCAGAAUGGCUGCUGAUAUCAAGCAGUCUUCUGUCAUUUCUUUCCUGCGUUACCUAUAUGAGGGCUUUAUGACUCUCACAGAAGAAAACUGCAAAGACAUUGAAAAAAUGGGAAAGCUCUUACAAGUAGAAAGUGUUGUCAAAUGUUGCUCAGACUUUUAUAAGUGUUUAAGUGAGAAAACGGGCAUGAAAAUGGCAUCUGGACCUCAGAUGAAUUUCCAGGACAGUGUUGAGUUUCGUCAUGUGAGGACAUCAGAUUUUCAGAAAAUGGUACAGGAUGUCGGCGUGAAAAGAUCAGUUGAUUCCGCGAGUCCCAGUGGAAAGCGACCAAGGAUAUCACAACGAAUGGAUGAUAGAACCUCCAUGAGCCACAGCUAUAACUCGGACCCUUUUGAAAGGGGUAGAGGAUCUUCAGCAGCCGAUGUGGUAGAAAUUGUAGAAGACAGUUUGGAAGUAGUUCACAAAGAGCCGGCUCUGAGAGAUUCCGAAGGAUGGCCAAAAGAAUCAGACUUGCCCCCUAUUAGAACUUCACAAUCAAUAUCUGUAGCAUCUAGUCAAAUCUCUACAAAUUCAAAUGACAUUCAAAUAGUGAAUGUGGAAGAAGGAGAACCAAAGACUCUUGCUUCAAGUUCUUCAGCAGAUAUAAUUACACAUUCCUCUAGUUCCCGCCAUGAACCAUCACCUCAUCGAGAUCCACAAUCAUCAUCAUCAGACAGAGUGUCCUUUGAAUCUCCUAGUGCAAGACGUGACCAGCAGAGAUACUCAGACAUUUCAAAUUUUGGAAGUCAUCCAUCAGCACCUGUUCAUUCCCGCCCAUCAGAAUCGUAUUCACCAAGUUCAUCAAAGCGUCCUCAAGUACCCCCUCAAUCUCAUUCAACGCCAAAUAUAAAUCCUCCUCCUCUGUCAUCAUUCGCAUCAAAGAUGCCACCUCUUCAGCCAAAGCCUUUUGCUGUUGGUAGUGCUGUGCAGGCCGCCAGCAUACCUCAGCCCUCAUCCAUUAGACCAGCAGUCCCAAUCCCGGGCACCCUGACUGCAGUGCAGCCUGUAGGUGAACAGAGCCCAAGUUCCAGCUCUAGUCAGGACAGUCGAACGUCAGACAGGUUUCAAAAUAAAGGAGCCAGUGGAGGCAGCCAAGUAGUACAGCAGCAUGUAUCCAAUUCACAGACAAUUCAAAUAGUUGAGAAGCUCUUGGCUGGCGAAGGAACUUCAGAUCAAGGUGUCAAAGACACAAGUUCCUCAGACCUGGCUCCUGAUAUUAGUUUCAUCAAAGUGGAGGAGUCAGACACUGGUGGCUUAGACAUGUAUGUAGACAUUCCAGAUGAUGCGAAAGGAGGGCUCUUAAGUGGACAGGAAGAAGGUGAAGAGGAUACCGGAGAAAUUCCCAUCGAAUGGACGCGCGAUGAAUCCAACGAAGGCAGCAAUUUAAGUGGCGAUCAAAGCGGAACCAUGCUCGGUCAGGAAGGAGCAUUUCAAGGCUUUGGGAAUGAAAGUGGUCUGCACAUGGAUUCAAAUGUCUUGAAUUGUGAAUGUGGACGAAGGUUUGAAUCCAUAUCAACAUACGAACAUCAUUGUAAAUCAGAUCAUGGUGGACAGGUGCACCCCUUCAAGUGUCCGAUAUGUUUUAAGAGAAUUCAGCAUCUAACUAGCUUGAAGCGUCACAUGGCAGCUACGCAUUCUGAACAACGUCCUUACAGUUGCUCAUUGUGUCAAAAAACAUUUAAACGAAAAGAUGUGUUGACGCAGCAUUUGUAUUGUGUGCAUAAAAUAAAGAGAGGAAAGAUGUCCAUGUAGCCGUUUGAUAUAAGAAACAAUGACUUUUAAGUUUUCUUGUCAUUAAAAAAAUAUUUAAAGAAAUAGGUACAUGCAAUUAAAACAUACUUAAUUAUUAUCUACAAUAUAUGUGUAAAUAUUUUAUCUAAAUAUUUAUACACCCUUUGAAGAAGGGUGGAAUAUUGCUUUGUUGUCGUCUGUCAGUCGGUCGGCAUUUUUGUUGGUCCACCAUCAGUUUCCGUUCAUUUUCUUCGCAGAGGUUGCACAUAGUGAAAAAAAAAAUUGGUAAACAGAUUUAUCAUAUGAUAAAUAUGUCUAGGUUUCUGAUUUUUGGCACGAUAGAGCCAUUUUGGACAGAUGUAUGAUUCUUGGACUUCGAAUUUUUUCUAUUUAUUUGCAGUGUCUGUUCAUUUUCUUUGCAUAGGUUGCACAUAUUAAAAUGAAAUUUGGUAUGCAGUUUUAUCAUAAAAAUAUUUAGGUUAAGUUCUGAUUUGGGUAUGAUCGAGCCAUUUUGGACAGAGUUACGCUCCUUGCAAUAGAAACAUUCCAAGUACAUGUAUAUGCAGUUUCUGUUCAUUUUAUUUGCAUAGGAAGCACAUACUGAAAUGAAAUUCAGUAUACAGAUUUAUCACAAGAAUAUCUGUGUCAAGUUCUGAUUUGGGUACAAUCGAACCAUUUUUGACAGAAUUAUGUUCAUUGGACUGAAAAAAAUCUUAUUAUUUGGGGGAGGGGCAUAAAUGUUUUACAGACAUCUCUUGUUUUUAGUUUGAGGUCUUACUGUUUACCUUUUGUAGGAUCUGCGUUAGUGUCUAUGACUUUUAUUAGAUGUGAUAUGUACAUUUUUAAGCAAGUUGAAGAAAUUGUUGAGUAUGUGAAUAAGAAGUAGACUAAAUAAAAUCAACAUAUUUUUAAA